AUGCCUCUUGAUAUCAGCCCAAUGCUUUCUAUCAAAAAACCAACUCAGAUGCGUACAAGAGGCAGAAAAUCUAUGAAUGCUGCUUUAAUAACAAGUUCUCCUUAUAAGGAUAAUUUGUCGAAAGAACAGGAAAGAAUCAAUAGUUCUAAGAGCACCACAACAGCAAUAAAUCUGGUCUUAAAAAAGUCACAAAAAAGUGUUUCAUGGGCGAAGAAGACGAUAGAAAAGGGAGAAAGAAAAUAUGAAGGAGGUACUGGAGGUGAACCGUUUGCAACCUUUUCCACUGAUGGAUAUGAGAAGAAAGUAUUGGAGACAAUAAAUACAGUAUCAUUAGAAGGGGACAUGAAUAUUGCUGAAUCAGCUACUGAUUUUAUAUUUCAUAAUGAUGAUAACAAUAAAAAUGAGCCUGUUGUGAUAGACAGAGAUGAGGAAACUCGUAGCACAUCAAAUGCUAUGUACGAAAAUGUCGAAAAUCCAAGCAAAAUAAUGAAGUAA